CCACAACAGUGUUCACACCACAGUACCACACUGCCACAGCUUCUAUCUGGAUCCGACCCUAUUUCUUAUCAUACCGUUUGGAAUACACGCCGAGAUCGCACUUCUGACACAACGAUUUCUGUGAAACAGCAAAUAAGAAACGCACGGUGCGGAGGUCGAACAAAAACAUUGCCCAUUCGCGCGUUUAUCCAAAAUCUUCUCAAACUUAGCGGCUACGAGUCGAACAGAGGCGAUGAACAGUUUAACGGCGAGCUUCACUACUCGAUUCUCACCCACCGCCGCGCAUUUCCCUGCACGAGGUCGUUUCUCUGGGCGUUCGUUUCUCAUUCAACCUCCUGCGCGCCAUUGGCGUUCCGGAAGAUGCGUAUGCAUGGCGGAACCGUAUUUAAUUACGAAACUGGAGUCCGCCGAGAAAACGUGGAAAGAAUUAUCGGUGAAACUGGCUGAUCCAGAUGUAGUCUCAAAUCCAAGUGAGUAUCAGAAAUUAGCACAGUCUUUGUCAGAGCUUGAUGAGGUUGUAUCAACAUUUAGGAGCUUCAAGGAAUGUGAGAAGCAACUAGAAGAAACGAAAGCUUUGGCAAAAGAGGCAGGUAAUGAUGAAGACAUGGUCGAGAUGAUAGCUUCAGAAAUUGAAACCUUAACCAAGCAAAUCAAUGAGCUUGAAGAGAGGCUAAAGGUUUUGCUACUUCCCUCGGAUCCUCUGGAUGCGAGAAAUAUAAUGCUUGAAGUGAGGGCUGGUACUGGUGGAGAUGAAGCUGGACUUUGGGCUGGUGAUCUUGUACGCAUGUAUCAGAAGUAUAGUGAACGUAAUUCAUGGAAGUUCACCCCUCUCUCCAGCUCUGAGGCUGAAAAAGGAGGAUUUAAGACAUAUGUAAUGGAGAUAAAAGGGAAACGUGUCUAUAGCAAACUGAAAUAUGAAUCUGGCGUCCAUCGAGUUCAACGUGUUCCACGAACAGAAGCCCAAGGUCGUGUUCAUACAUCAACUGCAACUGUUGCUAUCAUGCCAGAGGCAGAUGAAGUUGAUGUGGAAAUUGACCCAAAGGAUAUUGAGCUUACAACUGCAAGAUCUGGUGGUGCUGGAGGGCAAAAUGUCAACAAGGUGGAGACGGCUGUUGAUCUUUUCCACAAACCAACGGGAAUAAGAAUCUUUUGCACAGAAGAAAGAACUCAACUUCAAAACAAGAGUCGAGCUCUCCAACUACUGAGGGCAAAAUUAUAUGAGAUCAAAGUAAGAGAACAACAAGAGAAGCUAAGAAAUCAGCGGAAAAUGCAGGUUGGGACUGGUGCACGUGCAGAAAAGAUCAGAACAUACAACUAUAAGGACAAUAGGGUUACUGAUCACAGACUAAAAAUGAAUUUCGAGCUUACUUCCUUUCUGGAUGGGGACAUUGAGACAGCUGUUCAGUCAUGUGCUACCAUGGAGCAGAAGGAAUUACUCGAGGAGCUUGCCGGGUCUGUGGGCGCCAUGGCCACUUGAUUAUCAUGCUGCUUUGGAUAUUCCAUGAUUUUACGUUAGAUACAAGGUGCAGAUUGAACAGAUGCAUUCAACAGAUUCAGCUUUACACACAUACUGAUGUAAUGCCUUAUUGGUCCUCACAUCAGCAUUUGUCCCUUCGGUAUAUAGCUGUGAUUCUCUCUAUAAUUACUAUGCCUUGCUUGUUCAAGGGCAACAUAAUCGGACUUGAUGUAAUUGCAAUGGGGAAAUUUUGUGUUGAGUGAUCAAUCCCAAAAUGAAGAACUUGAGUUCAUAUUUGUUUUA